CUCGUGUUGCUUCUCCCAAUUCAGGGGAUUCCAUGGAUAAUAUCCCUCUCCGUCGCCGCCGCCCUGCUUUUGGCUCGAUGGAUGAGCCUGAGGAGGACGAGAUUGUUUCCUCCCAACCUACUGCUCCUUUCCCUUCUAAUUCUCCCCCUAAACAUUCUUCGACCAAGAAAUCUUCCAAGAACUUAUCUUCUACUACCUUUUCUCAUUCUUGGUUUAAACCUGAUAAAAUCGGCCAACCUCUUGGUUGGACGUUCAUUAGACCUUCCUCUUCUGAUCGAUAUGAUCAACCUCCCCGAGACUGCUACCCCUUCUUCGAAGUUCAAUUUAAGCUCGGGUUGCGUUUUCCUUUGAACCGUGACGUAGUCCGUAUCUGCGAGUGGUUAUCGCUUCCCUUGCAUCAACUCCCUCCUAACGCCAUCCUCGCUCAGUUCCGCGACUAUCACGCCGAGAAGUUUUCAGGGCAGGGAGACCCCCGCAUCGUUGAUGAAUGGAUUCAGGGGUUGGAAUUUAUCUUUGAGGUUAUGGAAUGCCCCGAUAGGUAUCGCGUAGUUUGCGCUCAGCUUCAGCUCACUGGUGAUGCAAGGCUCUGGUUGAAUGCCUACUGGAGCAUGCGUCCUGGUGAAAAAACGGGUUGUACAUGGGACAUGUUCAAGGAGCUAGUCCGUGACAAGUAUUACCCUUCCUACUAUCGGGCAGAGAUGGAGCGCCAGUUCUUAGCGCUUCAAGAGCGCAGCGGUUCAUUGACGGACUUUACCCAGCAGUUCGUCACAACAUCGUGGGACACGGGACUCAGACCUACGCUCGUGCCGUUUCUAUCGCCCAGGAGGUGGACGCUAGUAUCAGGAGGGAGGCAGUUCGUGAUCGUGCCCAGCCAUCCGCCCCAGCUCAGCCAUUUGCAGCUCCACCAGCUCUACCAGCCCCACAGCCAGCAAAGGAGAAGAAGAGGAAGGGAAAGGGCGCACCGACUGACCGGAGGACCCGACAGAGACAGCAGCCGAUUCCACCGUGCCCGACUUGUGGUCGACUUCACAGGGGAGAGUGUCGUGCUGGACUGGACAUCUGCUACUAUUGCCAGGGGCCGGGACAUUUUGCGAGUCGCU